UCUGGAACCAAUCAAACGAUUUAAAGAUAAUUUUUUACUAUUAAAAAGCUGCACUUCAAUAUGUCUAUGCUACCCCUGAGUAUUUAGGCUACAAUUCAAUUUGGUAAUAGUAAUUUUCAGUUCGAAAUUUCAAUAUUUGUGAAUUAAGUCGCAAGAUAAAACUCUGGUUGGCUGCUUUAUCGGCGUGCGAUGGCCAAAUAGUUGGAUAUACGUGAAAAUAAUGUGCUACUAUCGUGCUACAAAAAUAUCUUCGAAAAUGGGACUGGCUGUGAUUUUCUUAUUGGUGAUAACAUGUUCGGUGCAGACCUUGCAGCAGCCAACUAUAUUCAGAAACACGUACAAGGGUCUUCGCGGAGUUAUUCCGAAGGUCAGGUUAGCUGACGAGGAAAUUCGCGCCGCAUAUUUCCACGACCAAACCGUUGCAGUAAUCGACCUUAGUAACAGUAAUCAGUUGAAAAAUUGUGACAUCAUCGAGGUUUAUGAACCUUUGGAAGCAAUGGAGGUCAUAAAAAAUCUAUCAACGGAGGUUCAACCGCAACAGGUAUCCUUUAUUGAAAUGACAACAUUGAUGCGACAAUGCGAAAUGUUGGAAGAUAUGAAAGAAGAUGCGAUAUCUACUCUGCCAAUUGAUACAAAAAAUAGGGGAAGCAAGCCUGGUGUUAACCCCCUCAGUUUACUUUUUGGGAUUCUGCCUGGAACAAAGUGGUGUGGCACGGGAGAUAUUGCUGAUAAUUACCACGAUUUAGGACAAGAAGCUCGAAUUGACAGGUGCUGUCGUAGCCACGAUCUCUGCCCGGUCAAAGUUCGGGCUCAGAAAAGUAGAUAUAAUCUGACCAACAAUUCCAUCUAUACUAAGUCCCACUGUGUGUGCGAUGAGAUGCUUUAUCAUUGCUUAAAGAAAGCAUAUCACCCAACGGCAGAUGUUAUGGGGCGUAUAUAUUUCAACUUUAUAAGAGUACCCUGCGUUGAAGAUGUGACUAACGGUACACAAGGAUCAGUCAAAAGAUUUAUAGAUGUGAAAAUGAAUUACUGAGAUUUUGAUGUUGCAAUUCUUCAGGAUGAAUAUCACUAUAAUUGAUUGCAAGUUUGUCAAAUUUAGUGCAAACUUCGAAAAAUUAUGUGAGUAAGUUUCGUUGUAAGCCUGGUGCACGUGGUACAGUUUUUCUUGCCGGAUUGCUUGCGAAGGAGCUACGAAGGCACCCAUGCGUGCUACAGGAUGGAUAAAUCCAAUUGAAUCCAAGACAGCAGUUUGUACUACGUAAUAGCGUCGGGAGUAAAAUAUCUACUCCCAACGCUACUAGUUUACUGGUUUUUCAAAAUAGGCCCUGCACUAUUUUCUUUACAUGUUUUGUUGCUGUCGGUUGAAGUUGACCAACCAGAAGGUCAGGUCGACUACUUGUAUCAUGCACUAGUUUUCAUAACCUCCAAGUUGAAACUGAUUCGCAAGUAUCCAUUAAGUCACGCCAGGCAACUAGUAUGGCACGUUAAGCUGGCAAUCCAGCACAGAAAAUGCACCGUGUACAACAGGCUUUAGACAUCGCUCUCCCUUCUCCCGCAAAAAAAGAAAAACAUUUCCAAGUAGAUGUUUAUAAUAUCAAAUGAUUUGUAUGCACAGUUAUCCUGCAGUAGUAUUUGUUAGUUAGUUGCCUCGUUUAUUGGGCCAAACAUUUGGUUUGCUUUGUUUCCAAAUUUACAAUAUUCAAUCAGUAGAAUAACUUCGAGUGAUGAUUAGAUUUGUGUAGAUGUUAAUUCGUUAGAUGUGAUAAAAGUUGAACUUUUAUUUUAGCAAUAUCAUAUUAUACUGACAAGUUCAGUUGUAGAGGUCUUUUUGAUUCAAAGACUGGGUUAUUUAUUAUCUAUUUCUAUUUUACUACGAAAUCAGUAUGGUUUUUCUGAGUGUGUUAAAAGUGGCAUGUGUCAUGUAGUAAAUUUUAAGAUGGAUGUUAGCCAAAAAUAUAUUGCUAGAAUUGA